AUGGGUGCGUGUUGUUCUGCCAAGAAGAAGAAAACUCAGGUUGAGUUCGGAGAAAUCCGUGAGGAUGACCUCAAGGGGAUCUUUAGAGAGUUCGACCUAAACGGAGAUGGGUUCAUACAAAGAGAUGAACUCCGUCAUGUUAUGCAAAAAAUGGGGCAAUCGCCUACUGAUGAUGAGCUAAGCGCAAUGUUUGAAGCAGCUGAUCGCGAUAAUGAUGGCAACAUCGAUUUUGAGGAAUUCCUCAUUAUCGCACGUCAAAACCCUCUAUCUCUUUCUCUCAAAGCUGUUUUCGAUGAACUUGAUGUUGAUGGAGACGGUUAUAUCACAAGAUCGGAAUUGCGUACCGCGUUCCAAAGAAUGGGUCAUAGUUUGAGCGACCAGGACAUUAAGGCAAUCUACAAACAUGUCGAUCAAAACAAUGAUGGAAAAAUCAACUUCCAAGAAUUCUGCGAGAUGAUGACCCGUAGAAAAUAA